AUGCACAACCAUCCCCUCAUCCCCAGUGACAGAAGACUCAAGUUUAGUCCCUCUGUUGGUGAGGAACGGCGGCGGACCAAAGGGUGCGGUGCCCCCAGCCCCAGGCAAGAGCUGCUGAGUGCAAUGGCGUACUGUUGGUGUGGCACUGGAAGGGCAAGAAAGGAGGAAAGAGAGGCGGACCCAGGCGAGGCUGGUAAAGCCAAGAUUGAAGCCAAGAACGGAAAGACCUUGAAGAAGAUUGCCGCCGAUCGCGAGGCAUCUGCAAAGAGGCAUGCACCAGAACGUCAAGUCAAAGCCACGCUCAAGGUCGCCGUCAAGGUUGCCCGGACGUCGGUUCCCAGUGGAGCUACGUUGACGCGCGCGUCGCGCCGCAUGAGCGAUGACGACAGCGAGCACGAGGAGGACGAGGAGGACGAGGAUGGCAACGUGCGCCAUCUCAUCAAACUCGAGCACACUAGCUUGAUUGUGAGACUACACCUCAACAGCCACAACUUGCAACACGCAAUACUGCCCACGUUUCCUCUCACUCCCACACGCAAAUGA